ACACUCUGACUUUUUAGUUCCGAAGGUGAUAUGACGGAGGUAAGAAGUACGAAAAUGAGGCUGUGAAAUGCUUAGAAUUCUCAUAACCGUUUGGAUUUCUGUGUCGGAUAUUUAAAGUACCAACAGGCCAUUAGAAACUGACAUGCCCAUAAGAGAGUUGAAGAACUGCAAACAGAGCAGAAAUUUGAGUUGAUCCAGCUAUGACCAUAUUGACUAAGAAUGCAACAACGAUGUCUGUACUUAUGUCUUAACAAAUGAUGAAUUGAAGAGUUAUAUUGUUAUAUAUUCAGAAAAAAUUGUAGUAAUGUUCGAAGAAAGAUACAGUGGAGCUACCAAACACAACUAAGUAAGCAAUAACUGAGGACAAUUUGGUGCAGAUAUGGCAGAAAGUUUGUCAGAUAAGUUGUUUUCUGUGCUUGAUGCUGCCAAUAUGGAAAGCAGAACAAGAACAGAGCGCAGACGUCAUCAGUCUGUCCCACGAAAGAAAUUUGAACUCAAUGGCAGAAGGCAAGAAGAGCAAGACACACAAAGUCCUUUUUCAUCCAGUCUGUCUUCUACUACAAGAACUGAAAAGCAGGGAAAUAAUAAGAAAACAGGCAGUAAUGUGGACAUAAGUGUUUCGGACAGGUUACCUUCAAAACGUAAGAAUGUUGGUGUCCCACAACAUUUUGCUACCAGUUCGAAACACCCUGGAAGUUCUAGUCAUUUUUUCUCACAUGACAGCAAUCAAAGAGGAAAUGUUGUUCGAUGGAGUUCACAUGAUCGGCUCACUAGUUCAACAAGAGCUAAUUGUGAAGCCAGUGUACAACAUUCCAAUGACAAAUCAGUCGCAGCAAGGGGCAGAAACAAAAUGGGUGCCCAUGCAGAUCAAAGUUACGAAACUACUUCUAGGUUUGUGAGGGACAAAUCACAGGUGGAAGACAGGCAAAAAUCUUCUACCUCGAUUAAAGGGACUGGGUAUAAGUUUCUAGAAAAUCUUAUUGAUAAAGAUCCUGUGGACGUUGUUGUAAAAUUAGCAAGCUCUAAAACAGGGUUUGAUGAAAUGUUAAAAAAGGAAAUGUUCCCUGAUUUAAUACAUCUUACAUUAAGAAUCCUUGCAGAGAAAGUCUGUGUUGUUGGUUUUCAACACAACAAAACAACUGUUUUGAUUGCAGCGUGCCAGCCACACUUUUUAAACCAGCUUGAAAGGCAAAUCAACAAAAUCCCAACUGAACAUCAAUCAAGAAAAUCGAAAAUAUUACCAUUCUUAGAAAAUCUUCUAAUAUUUUAUAAAACAGUUAUUAAUGUGCUCCCGCAAACUGCAUGUGAAAAAUUUAAUAAUCUGUUUAUUAUGACAGAACUGUCUAUAGAAGGAGCUCAGAGAUACCAGAACAUUAACUGUGAUGAUGUUAAGAAGCAGCUUGAAGACCUCAGUGCCCAGCUAAAAAGUAAGAGGGAAGAAUACGAACGUAAUUCAAUAAAAGAAAGUAGCAAAAUGGAGCAGCUCCAAUAUUUGCAGCCCCCUGAUAAUUUUAGGCACUACAGUAUAUUCCCAACUGCUGAAGAUUUUGCUAACAAACCAUUUUUGCGACCUAGCAUCAUCAAGGGGGCAUAUAUUGAUGUGGAACAUUAUCUAGAUGUCCAGUUCCGCUUGUUGCGGGAAGACUUUGUGGGUCCUUUACGUGAGGGUAUAUCGCAAUAUAUGGAACAUUGUCUCCAAGGCAAGAAAAAAUUUAAGAGGAUUGACAAUGUGCGAAUGUAUCAUGAUGCUCAAUUUUUAAACACUGUAACUGUUAAAGAAAAAGUGGGUGUGUUAUUAAAUUUUGAUACUAAGAGGAAGCUGAAAAACAUUCAGUGGGAACAUUCCAAACGUUUUAUGUUUGGUUCUUUGUUGUGUUUUACACAAGACAAUUUUGGAACCUUCUUUUUUGGUACAGUAUUGGACAGGGAUAAGAAACAGCUUGAGAAGGGUUGUGUUGUGGUGGAACUUUGUGACGAAAUAGAUACCAAUAUAUUUGAUCGAACUUUUACAGUAGCGGAAAGUGAAGUUUACUUUGAACCAUACAGGCAGGUAUUAAAUGCAUUGCAGACCAUGCCAUUCACAGAAUUUCCAAUGAAGCCUUAUAUUGUUGAUGGGAUUACAGAAGUGGGUCUGCCCCUGUAUAUACUUGCAAAUCCAGUUUCAGUAAUAUACAACAUUGAUGAUUUUGGGGUUCCAGUUACUGAAAUGAAUGCUUGGCCCACAGAAGAUGAUCUGAACUUGGACAUUUCACAAUAUAAGUCAUUCAAAUCUGCUUUGACAAAAGAGUUUGUAAUAAUACAGGGACCUCCAGGAACAGGCAAAACUUUCCUUGGGUUGAAGAUAAUGGAAACUUUUCUCUACAACCAAAACGUAUGGAACAGUAACCAUAGACCUAUUCUUGUAGUAUGCUACACUAACCAUGCCCUGGAUCAAGUCCUGGAAGGAACUUUACAAUAUACAACAAAAAUAAUUCGAAUUGGUGGUCAAUCACAGUCAAAAGCUCUAGAGCCAUAUAAUCUGAAAGAAGUUAGACGAUCUCGUGGAGUGAGAGCAUCUACAUCACAUACCAGGGAGAUGUUUAGACAAAUGCAAGAUGUCAUCAAUCACAUUCAUUCUCUGCAACGAGAUCUAGACAAAAUGUCUGACAACUGGGGGGUAGUCAGUAUUUAUUCAUUGAAGGAAAUGGGACUUACUGAAAAACAACUUGCAUCAUUUAUAGAUAAACAGUCAGUCAGUGAUGAACUUUUCAUAGAAUGGUUGAAAGGAGAUGGAAAUGACAACCCAGAUAAUGAACUUCAGCAGGGCGGUGAUGAUGCCUGUAAUUCUACAAAUCUAGAUGAUUUACCUAAUGUAGAUGGUGAUAAUGUUGGUGCUGAAGAUGAUGAUGACGAUGACAACAAUAUUAAUGUAUUCAGUGAUGAAUAUGAUCUAGUUAUACAAACAGUAAGCACAGUACAAUUAAAAUAUGCUGUUGAGCUGUCACGUCUUCUUGCUGAUAGUCAGUAUUGUCAAGAGCAGAUGGAGCGUUCUCGGGAUAACCCAGAGGAUUUUGUGAAGUUUCAGCAGCUGUGGCUGUAUAACAUGGGCCUUUACAGGUUCUUCAAGAGCCGCCUUACACAGGUUGUCAAUAUGGAUGGGCGUGUUGUUGAGAGACUGACACGUGCUUACAACCUUUGGGAGCUUAACAUUGAAGAACGAUGGUAUUUGUACAAAUAUUGGUGUCACUGUUUGCACUUAACUCUCAUGAAGAAGGUGUGGCACUUACAAUCAGAAUACAAACAGCUAUGUAUGAGAUACGAUGAAAUACGUGAUAUUGAAGAUCUCAAUAUAAUGCAAGAUGCACUUGUUGUUGGCAUGACGACAUCUGGUGCUGCAAGGAAGCAACCUUUGUUGCAGGAACUCAAACCCAGAAUAGUAAUAGUUGAAGAAGCAGCUGAAGUACUAGAGUCACAUGUUGUUGUUUCUUUAACAAAAGCUUGUGAACAUCUCAUUCUCAUAGGUGAUCACAAACAGCUGCGGCCAUCAACUGCAGUCUUUGAGCUAGCAAAAAAAUAUAAUUUUGAUAUUUCUUUAUUUGAACGUAUGCUCCAGAAUGGAAUGCAAUAUGACUGUUUGGAAGUUCAGCAUAGGAUGAGGCCAGAAAUAGCAAAUCUCAUCACUCCCACAAUUUAUCCAACAUUAAAAAGUGCACCAUCUGUUUACCAGUAUGAGAAGGUGAAAGGUGUCACAAAGAACUUGUUUUUCAUCAACCAUGGAUUUCAUGAAGAAGAGGUGUCUGAAACUGUCAGCCGUCGAAAUUUAUUUGAAGCUGAAUUCCUGAUAGCUCUUUGCAGAUACCUUUUGCUUCAAGGAUAUGAAGAAAGUGAAAUUACUAUCCUUACAACUUAUUCGGGACAGAUGUUCUACUUGAGGAAACUGAAAAGGGAAUCUGGUGCUCUGCCAAAUGUUCGAAUAACAGUUGUAGAUAAUUUUCAAGGUGAAGAAAACAAAAUAAUUUUACUGUCAUUGGUACGGAGCAAUGAAGACGCCAACAUUGGUUUUCUGAAAGUUGAAAAUAGAGUAUGUGUAGCUCUCUCACGAGCUAAAGAAGGCUUUUACAUAAUUGGUAACAUGGAAAACCUAACCAGGAGCAGCAAAAUAUGGCCACAAAUAAAUGAAACACUCGUGAAACAAGAUGCAAUUGGUUCUCAUCUGACAUUAAAAUGUCAGGUACAUCCAAGUGAGGAAACAAAGGUGGCCUCAGCAGCAGACUUCAAGGCUGUUCCUGAAGGAGGUUGCAGCCUUCCUUGUGAGGCCGAACUUACUUGUGGCCAUAAAUGUCAGAGUGUGUGUCAUGUAAGGAACAGAUUCCAUGAAAAUUACAAAUGCUACUUUCCAUGUGAAAGGAUUCCACAGCAGUGUCCGUUGGGCCACAAGUGUCUUAAAAAAUGUUUCCAAGAAUGUGGGGAUUGUGAGACGCCUAUGGAGAGGGUGCUUCCUUGUAAACAUGUAAAGACUUUAGCAUGUCAUAUGGAUGUUAACAAGUAUAGAUGCAAGGAAGUAGUGGAAGCUGUUCUGGAACCUUGCAAUCACAAAGUUAACAAACUUUGCUUUCAAGAUGUUAAAAGCGUGCAUUGUUCAUUUCCUUGUGAAGACAGGCUUCUUUGUGGUCAUAGCUGUGUGAGGAACUGCCACGCUGCUGACGAUCCAGAUCAUCUUGAGUACAAGUGUAAUAAACCUUGUGAAAAAAACAAUGCUGGCUGCAAAAGAAACCACAAGUGCAACAAAAAAUGUUAUGAAGAGUGUGGAGACUGUGUUGUUGAAAUUAAAGUGCAACUCAAUUGUGGACAUACCCAUCAGAUACGUUGUAGUUCUGAUCCAUCAGAAGUGAAAUGUGGUAGAGACUGCAAGCGUAUAAUGGAAUGUGGACACAAAUGUCGUCUUCUCUGUUUCCAGCCAUGUGGAAAUUGUCCAGUUAAGGUACAGAAAGUUAUACCAGAAUGUGGACAUGAAGUUGUUGUACCUUGUUGUAAGCAACCCACACGCAACAUGUGUAGAAGGACUUGUGAAAGACUUCUUCCUUGUGGACAUCGUUGUAAGAGCAUGUGCUGCAAUCCAUGCACGUCACAGUGUGAGGAACUCGUACCAAGUCGUAUUAGACCAGCAUGUGGACAUGCUGUAGAAAUUCCAUGUUAUCUGAGAAGCAAAGAAUUAUCGCCAUACAGCACCAAGUUGUUAUCGAGGUGUGAAAUGCCAUGCAGGAAAGUCCUGCAGUGUGAACAUGUGUGUGAAGGGACUUGUGGUGCAUGUCAUCAAGGGCGUUUGCAUUUGCCAUGCCAGCAAAAGUGUGGUCGUGUGCAAAUAUGUGGGCACAGCUGUAAUGUUGAUUGUGCAAAAAAUUGCCCGCCAUGUAACCAGAAGUGUGAAUAUCGAUGCAGGCAUUCACGUUGCAGUUUGAGAUGUGGUGUUCCUUGUACACCCUGCAGGGAACCUUGUGAAUGGCGUUGUAAACAUUCCCGAUGCACAAAGCUUUGCUAUGAGCUUUGUAAUCGUUCUCCAUGUUAUGAACCUUGUGAGAAAAAGCUUAAUAAAUGUGGGCAUGAUUGUGUUGGCUUCUGUGGUGAACCAUGCCCUCCUCUUUGUAGAAUUUGUGAUGAAGAUGAAUUAACAACAAUUGUCUUUGGCUCUGAAGAUGAAGAGGGUGCCAGGUUUGUUUAUCUGGAGGACUGCAAACACACUAUUGAGUCUAAGGCAUUGGAUGAGUGGUUGAAACAGCAAAGUGUUGAAAUAUGUCUCAGAAGCUGUCCUCUUUGUAAAACACCAAUAAAGAGAAGCUUGAGGUUCUUAAAUUAUUUGAAAAUUUCAUAUAAUGACAUCCAAAAUAUAAAGGAAAAAGUAUUUGGAAAUCCACAAGACAAUAAUGCAAAGAGGAUACAACUGAAUAUUACACUGAAAAAAAUAGUUCUUCCAGACAUAGUAAGACGAGAAAGCAGCGAAAUACAGAAGAUUCUAACAUUACUGCAAUCUAACCUACAAAAUGUACAGGGAAAGAGACGAAUAUUCCUUUCAAAAACAGACCUCGACUCACUAUCAAUUAAAAUAGAGUUUGUCUCAAAACUUCUCGAAACUGUGAAACUCUUUCAUAAAGCUUUGAAUGGAGAACCAUGUAAAAAACUUAUGAAGCAGUUUGACAGGCUGGUGUAUUUGAUGAGAACAAGGAAUAUAAAUAUGAGUCAACAGGAAGUAAAUGAUUUCAAUUUGGAAGUAAGCAGAUUCAUGAGAGGAGCUCAGUUCCGCAGUAUUGAGAGCAGCGAUGAUUUCAAAUCAUCCCGAUCUAAUGAUGUUAUUAAGGAUUUACACAAAAAAGCUUUGCAAGUAGUAAAAUCUAUUGAAAGUUACACACCAGCAAAUGACCAAAAACUGAAAGAAAUUUUGGAUAAAUUGAACAAACAGUUGAAGGCUGUUGCCCCACUUGAUAUUGAAACAAUAAGGAGAGAGAUUGUGAAAGCAGUAGGUUUAACACCUGGUCAUUGGUACAAAUGCCCAAAUGGACAUUACUAUGCUAUUGGAGAAUGUGGAGGAGCAAUGGAAGUAGGAAAGUGUCCGGAUUGUGGGGCACGAAUUGGUGGUAGUAGCCAUCGGUUGCUAGACGACAAUCGUCAUGCUGGGGAACUUGAUGGGUCAACACGCCCUGCUUGGGGUUAGAAUUGAUGGUGGCAGCCGUUGGUUGCAUAGUAACAAUAGCCUCGCUGAGGGGCUUGAUGGGUCAGUGCAUCCAUCUUAUCGUACUAUGUGAACAUUUUUUUUCAUGGGAACUUUUUUAUCUGUAAGCAUGAACUUUAUUUAUGUAUGGUUAAUGUAGAUUAUGUUGUUAUAAGCCUAUGCCCAAAUUUGAUGAUAACCUAAGACUGCAUCAGUGUGAAUAUUAUUUUUACAAGUAUUUACUUUUUUAUGCUGUGUGAACUGUAACUGGUUUCCUGUAUGAAAUGAAGCAACUUAUUUUAAUCAUUGUAUGGUGAAUGUAAAUAGCUUAUUAGAUUCCACCAAAUGUCUGUGCCUUUACUUGUGUGAUACGUAGGGUAGCAGUAUUAUGUGCAAUGUUUACCACUAUAUGAAAAUCAAGCACUUGUACUAAUUAAAGAAAACUGAAAGACA